CGGGGGAGCCCGGCGCCGCCGGAACUGCCCGCGGCCUAGUCCCAACGCGCGUGUGCUGGUGAGCAGGAGCCGGGGACGGCGGUGGCGGUGGCGGCCUGGCCUGUGGGGACCCGAGGGGGCCGCUAUCAUGGGGGAGUGACGCGCCUGCGCCCGCUGUUCCGCGGCAGCGGCGAGACAUGAGGAAACCCCGCGGCGGGGGCAGCGGCGGCGGCUCCUGAGCCCCGGGAUGGAGGAGAAAUACGGCGGGGACGUGCUAGCCAGCCCCAGCGGCGGCGGUGGCCUCGGGCCGGUGGACGUGCCCAGCGCUCGAUUAACAAAAUAUAUUGUGUUACUAUGUUUGACUAAAUUUUUGAAGGCUGUGGGACUUUUUGAAUCAUACGAUCUCCUAAAAGCAGUUCACAUUGUUCAGUUCAUUUUUAUAUUAAAACUUGGAACUGCAUUUUUUAUGGUUUUGUUUCAAAAGCCAUUUUCUUCUGGGAAAAGUAUUACCAAACACCAGUGGAUCAAAAUAUUUAAGCAUGCAGUUGCUGGGUGUAUCAUUUCACUCUUGUGGUUUUUUGGCCUCACUCUUUGUGGACCACUAAGGACUUUGCUGCUAUUUGAACACAGUGAUACUGUUGUCAUCUCACUACUCAGUGUUUUGUUCACUAGUUCUGGAGGAGGACCAGCAAAGACAAGAGGGGCUGCUUUUUUCGUUAUUGCUGUGAUCUGCCUAUUGCUUUUCGACAAUGAUGAUCUCAUGGCUAAAAUGGCUGAACACCCUGAAGGACAUCAUGACAGCGCUCUAACUCACAUGCUUUACACAGCCAUUGCCUUCUUAGGUGUGGCAGAUCACAAGGGUGGAGUAUUAUUGCUAGUACUGGCUUUGUGUUGUAAAGUUGGUUUUCAUACAGCAUCCAGAAAACUCUCUAUAGAUGUUGGUGGAGCCAAGCGUCUUCAAGCUUUAUCCCAUCUUGUUUCUGUGCUUCUCUUAUGUCCAUGGGUCAUUGUUCUUUCUGUGACAACUGAGAGUAAAGUCGAGUCUUGGUUUUCUCUCAUUAUGCCUUUCACAACAGUUAUCUUUUUUGUCAUGAUCCUGGAUUUCUAUGUCGAUUCUGUUUGUUCAGUCAAAAUGGAAGCUUGCAAAUGUGCCCGCUAUGGAUCCUUUCCCAUUUUUAUUAGUGCUUUACUUUUUGGAAACUUUUGGACACAUCCAAUAACAGACCAGCUUCGAGCUAUGAACAGAGCAGCACACCAGGAAAGCACUGAACACGUCCUGUCCGGAGGAGUGGUAGUGAGCGCUAUAUUCUUCAUUUUGUCUGCCAACAUCUUAUCAUCUCCUUCUAAGAAAGGACAGAAAGGCACUCUAAUUGGAUAUUCUCCUGAAGGAACACCUCUUUAUAACUUCAUGGGUGAUGCUUUUCAGCAUAGCUCCCAAUCGAUCCCUAGGUUUAUUAAGGAAUCACUAAAACAAAUUCUUGAGGAAAAUGACUCUAGGCAGAUCUUUUACUUCUUGUGCUUGAAUCUGCUUUUUACCUUUGUGGAAUUAUUCUAUGGAGUGUUGACCAAUAGUCUGGGUCUGAUCUCAGAUGGAUUUCACAUGCUCUUUGACUGCUCUGCUUUGGUCAUGGGACUUUUUGCAGCCCUGAUGAGUAGAUGGAAAGCAACUCGGAUUUUCUCCUAUGGGUAUGGCCGAAUAGAAAUUCUCUCUGGAUUUAUUAAUGGACUUUUUCUAAUGGUAAUAGCUUUUUUUGUGUUUAUGGAGUCAGUGGCUAGAUUAAUUGAUCCUCCGGAAUUAGACACACACAUGUUAACACCAGUCUCAGUUGGAGGGCUGAUAGUAAACCUUAUUGGUAUCUGUGCCUUUAGCCAUGCCCAUAACCAUAACCAUGGAGCUUCUCAGGGAAGCUGUCAUUCAUCUGAUCACAGCCAUUCCCACCAUAUGCAUGGACACAGUGACCACGGGCAUGGUCACAGCCACGGAUCUGCAGGCAGAGGCAUGAAUGCUAACAUGAGGGGUGUGUUUCUACAUGUUUUGGCAGACACGCUUGGCAGUAUUGGUGUGAUCGUAUCCACAGUUCUCAUAGAGCAGUUUGGAUGGUUCAUUGCUGAUCCCCUCUGUUCUCUUUUUAUUGCCGUAUUAAUAUUUCUCAGUGUUGUUCCACUGAUUAAAGAUGCCUGUCAGGUUCUACUUUUGAGAUUGCCACCAGAAUGUGAAAAAGAACUACAUGUUGCUUUAGAAAAGAUACAGAAAAUUGAAGGAUUAAUAUCAUACCGAGACCCUCAUUUUUGGCGUCAUUCAGCCAGUGUUGUGGCAGGAACAGUUCAUAUACAGGUGGCAUCCGAUGUGCUGGAGCAAAGAAUAGUACAGCAGGUUACAGGAAUACUUAAAGAUGCUGGAGUAAACAAUUUAACAAUUCAAGUGGAAAAAGAGGCAUACUUUCAACAUAUGUCUGGCCUAAGUACUGGAUUUCAUGAUGUUCUAGCUAUGACCAAACAAAUGGAGUCCAUGAAAUACUACAAAGAUGGUACUUACAUCAUGUGAGAUAACUCAAGGAUUACCUCUGGGGUAUGGACAGUGAAGAUUAAAUUGCUCGGUAUUUAUAAUAUUGCCAGAAGGAAGAAAAUUGCACAUAAUUGUACAGAAACAUUUUGCUGUAUUUGAGACAAAUUCUAAAGUUCCCUGCUAUUGGAUCAAGGAAUCUUUCAUAAAGGAAAUUUAAAUACAGAAUGAAGCAUUAAUUGUACAAGUAAAAUAAUUACUUGAAUUAUGUGUAUAAUGAGAAUCUUAAAAUUUGAACAUGAUGUGUUACAUCAUCUUCGAAAAUGAACAUAUAAUGAUGGAUUCUGGUGAAGACCAAAAUUACUUCUGUGUGUUUACUUUCUGUCAGAAAACAUCUCCAUUGUAAAUAAUGUAUUUACAUGUUUAUUACAACGACCCAAAUGAAAAAUUUUUAGUCAAUUUUUUGCAUAGCCCUAGGAUAAAAUAGGAAUAAAAGUUCUAUAUUUAUGGAUUUUCUGUAUAUAAAACUGGUUUCUAAUUAUAACUUAAAUCCAUUACGUAAAAGCUGUAUUGCCACUUUAAAUGUAAACUAAAUUAUUUAGGAGAAACCAACCACUGAAAUGAGACAAGCUGAAAUGAGAAUAGGGAAUUAAAACAUUAUUGAUGUAUUGAAAACCAACCACUCUGUAAAAUAAAUUUUUUUUACUUUUGGUAA